GGCGCUUUUUCCGUUUCAUACUUCCAUAAAUCAUGGGGAUUCCACAGUUGCAAAAGCUAAUUGAAGACAAGAACAUCUUGGAAAAGAUUUCCGUAUCUGAGGAGGAAAUUGUCAUCGAUGGACAAGCUCUCUUUUAUCAUCUGUACUCACAUCUGUUUGAUGUCCUUGGUGGAGAUUAUCCUGGAUUUAAAGAACAAGUUGCAACAUUCUUUGAACGUCUGGAAAGCUGUCGCAUCACACCACAUGUGGUUCUGGAUGGAGCUUUAAGACGGAAGAAGAAAGAAGCUCGACAGAAAGCCCAACCUGAAAAAAACACGGAAGAACCUCUGAAAAUCAUACCGCAGCUCACCAAAGACGUCUUCAUCCAGGUACUAAAAAGCAGAGACAUAUCCUUUGAAAUAUGCCUCGGAGAAGCAGACCUGACGAUUGCUCAGAGAGCAAAUGAGAAAGAGUGUCAUGUCUUGUCACACGACACUGAUUUUUGCAUCUAUGAUCUGAAGAAAGGCCUCCUUCUUCUCAAAUACUUCAAGUGGGAGCAAAGUAAUGGAGCAGUUCCUGCCAGUUGUUACAAUAUUUCAGCGUUUCGUAAGCUUUUUAAGUUGCGCCAACACGUCAUGGCAGUGUUUGCUGCUCUAGCAGGAAAUGACUAUUCCAGAUGGGAAGAUAAAAAGUAUGGCAUCGAACGACUGCUAUACAUUUGUGAGACCCUGAAGGACACGGACCUGAAUAAGUCCGAGAGCAGAGAUAAGGCACUUCUGGAGAAAGCUCUGAGGUCUUUUAACAUAACAGACACAGAACCUUUCAUGACCUCCAUUAGAUCAUACGAAGAAGAGCCAGAUCCUCCUCAUCUACCUCAAUGGAUAACAACAGCGAUUCAGACAGGAAAACUUACCUCCUUCGUCAUCUCCGCUGUAAUUGAGAACAAUCCUGAGGUGAAGGACUCAAACCCAAGCACAGACAUUAAACUGGCUUUCUAUAAACUGUUGAGAAGAGAACAGCCUGACGGCCAGUUGGAGGUUGAACAUCUGAAUGAGGAAUCACGUCGACAGCGGUUAUUUCAAGUUCUUGAUGUUAAGCAUCCUCCUGAAAACAUCCCUGAUCAGCUGAAGCUUCCAGGAUGUGUGACCCUGUUCUGGCUUCAGCACGUCCCAAAGGACAGUCCAAAGUCGAAUGUGGAUGCGCUCCUCCUGGGGUUUGUGUAUGGACUUGAGGAGACGGACGAUGAGUGGGUGAGAACCUUGAAGGAUGAAGGUAAACGCAGCGCGGUGAACACACAAGUUGCUCAUGCAUUCAGCCAGUGGUACACCUGCAUGAGGCAAAGCUUCUACCUGAACCAGCUGCUGCAGUUCCCUCUGCCAGAUCCUGAAUGUGCUCGGCUUUACUGCGGACCGCUGGUACACCGGCUGGCAGCAAAACUGGAGGCUGACGACUCUGAAAUCAAGCGCCUGAAUCAGGAACAGCGCAAGCUGUUUGACCAAUUAAAAGAAUGGAUUACAGCGCCCUUAGAAGUUUGGGAAAGUGUGGGAGGAAAAAAGAAGAGAGGAAAGAAAGCACAGGAGAAGACCUCCAAGACCUCCAAGAAGAAGAAAUGAAAGAGCAGUGCAGCCUUUUGUUUGUUGUUUGGUGUAAGUUUCCUGUAAAGAGUGAGUGCAUAUAAUAAAAUGUCAUGCUUCAA